UUAAAAAUGGUGCAGAAGUACCAGUCCCCUGUUCGAGUCUACAAAUAUCCCUUUGAGCUCGUCAUGGCGGCUUAUGAGAAGCGCUUUCCCACGUGCCCAGAGAUCCCUGUCUUCCUGGGCAGUGAGAUCCUUCAGGAAUCCAAGAGUGAUGAUGGAGCUGUUCAUAUUGUCGAACGGAGCUGCAAGCUGAAUGUGGACGCUCCGCGGCUGCUGAAGAAGAUCGCUGGGGUAGAGUAUGUCUUUUUCAUACAGAAAAACACCGUGAACUGGAAGGAGCGAACACUCCUCAUUGAGGCUCACAACGAGACCUUUGCCAAUCGUGUUGUUGUCCUUGAGAUGUGUAGCUACUCGGUUCACCCUGAGAAUGAAGAGUGGACGUGCUUUGAACAGUCUGCGUCUCUUGACAUCAAGUCGUUCUUUGGCUUUGAAAACACAGUGGAGAAAAUUGCCAUGAAGCAGUACACUGCCAACAUCAAGCGGGGCAAGGAGGUGAUCGAGCAUUACCUGAAGGAGCUGAUCUCCCAGGGCAUCACCUUCAUCCCCCGAUGGACACCUCCACCAGUGAGCAGACAAAAGGAAAAGAGGGCCCUGGCUGUGGGACACAACCCUGGUAUUGUGCCAGCAGAGUCCUGCAUGCAUGGAACUACCAAAGAGCAGCCAGGCAGCUCGUGCCCCGCUGCAGAGACGGCUAGCCCUGACGCUGACAAACUGGACGCUGAUUACAUUGAACGGUACCUGGGGCAGCUGACUCCAAUGCAGGAAAGCUGCCUGAUCCGACUCCGUCAGUGGCUGCAGGAAAUGCACAAAGGCAAGAUCCCCAAAGAUGAGCAUAUCCUUCGAUUCCUGAGGGCUCGCGAUUUCAACAUCGACAAGGCUCGCGAGAUGCUCUGCCAGUCGCUGACCUGGCGCAAGCAGUACCAGGUGGAUUACAUCCUGCAGACCUGGCGACCCCCGUCCCUGCUGGAGGAGUACUACACUGGGGGGUGGCAUUACCAGGACAAAGAUGGCCGCCCCCUCUACAUCCUCCGCCUCGGUCAGAUGGAUACAAAAGGUUUGGUGAAGGCCCUGGGAGAAGAGUCGCUCCUGAGACACGUUUUGUCAAUUAACGAGGAGGGACAAAAGAGGUGUGAGGAAAACACCAACCUGUUUGGCCGUCCCAUCACAUCCUGGACGUGUCUGGUGGAUUUGGAAGGGCUAAACAUGCGCCACCUGUGGCGGCCUGGAGUUAAGGCUCUCCUUCGGAUAAUCGAGGUUGUAGAGGACAAUUACCCUGAGACACUGGGGAGGUUACUGAUCGUGCGAGCACCACGGGUUUUCCCUGUGCUGUGGACUCUGGUUAGUCCCUUCAUCAAUGAAAACACCAGGCAGAAGUUCCUCAUCUACAGCGGCAAUAACUACCAGGGUCCUGGGGGGCUUGUAGACUAUUUGGACAAAGACGUGAUUCCAGAUUUCCUUGGAGGAGAAUGUAUGUGCAAUGUCCCUGAGGGUGGACUGGUCCCCAAGUCACUUUAUCAAACAGAUGAAGAACCGGAGAACUCUGAUCACAUCCGACUAUGGACAGAAACCAUCUACCACUCUGCAAAUGUUCUUAAAGGGGCUCCCCACGAGAUCGUUGUGGAAAUCCUGGAGGGCGAGUCUGUGAUCACGUGGGACUUUGACAUCCUGAAGGGAGAUGUGGUGUUCUGCCUCUUUCACUCCAAGAGAGCGCCCGAGACCAGUCACAAAGAGGCCACUUCAUCAAGUGCUUUGACUGCUGGGGACAACAUGCAGCUAAUCGAUAAGAGCUGGGUUCUGGGGGUGGAUUAUAGCCGCAUGGAGUCUCCACUGGUGUGCCGGGAAGGAGAGAGCAUCCAGGGAUCUCAUGUCACUCGUUGGCCUGGCUUUUAUGUUCUGCAGUGGAAAAUGCACAGCUCUUUGCCAUGCUCUGGCACCAGCCUCCCUCGAGUAGAUGACGUCCUGGUCUCUUUGCAAGUUUCCAGUCACAAGUGUAAACUCAUGUACUACUUUGAGGUGCUUGCAUCCAAGGAUUUCAGGGGGUCCAUGUCAAGCCUGGAAUCCUGCAACAGUGGCUUUUCCCAGCUCAGUGCAGCCACGACAUCUUCCAACCAAUCCCAGAGCAGCUCCCUCAUUUCUAGAUAG